AUGGUGAAACCAGUCAUUGUAACAUCAUCACUCAUUCCAAAUCCAUCUAUGCAAGAAACUUGCUCGAUGAACGAACAUCGCGAGCCUUCAACGCGUAGUCUUACGCAAUCAAGUGAUCAACGACGACCUUUUUAUCCUGCGCAUCGAGAGUAUAAUGAUCCAUGUAACUUCAUUUUCGAUGAGCAGAGAGAUCUUCUUAAUCAAGAUCUAGAGAUGUUUUGGGCUCAUCAGAAUUCCUCAGAAUUACAUAAAAAGCCUGAUUUACCUCUGGCUACAGUUAAAAGAGUUAUGAAAUGUGAUCCUAAUGUCAAGAUGGUCAGCUGGAAGGGUCCUGUUCUUUUGGCUAAAGCUUCUGAAAUGUUCAUUCAAGAGGUAACCCUCCGUGCAUGGAGGCAAACUCAAUCGCGCUCUCGCACAACCAUUCGCAGUUGUGACAUACAUGCGGCCUUAAGAAGUUCAGUUAUUUAUAAUGAAUUGGUUAAUCUUUUAUCUCCACAAGGUACAACACAUCAGCAAAUGCUCCCACCUGAAAAUGUGAAUGAGCCGAAUAUGAAAGUUCCAAUAGAUAUAGACCAGAUUCAGCAGCAAAGCCUUUUCAAUCUAAAAGCUGAUCAUUUUAUUGAGAUUGGAGAGUUUGAGCUCGACCCUAUGAUCCAGUGAAAAUUGUCUUGGUGGAAGCUGUUCUGGAAGAGAAACUUAGUUGAAAG